AUGGACGGUGGCGCCGCGCUCCCCGGCAGCGGCCAAUUCUCCCAGCAGAAGAAGGGGGAGGUGGGAGACGGGAGGGCGGGCAGCCCCGCCGCAAGAACUUGCACACCCACGUUGCCGAGAUUUUUGUCUCCGCCCUCCCCACCGCGCUGCCCACAGGAGCAGCAGGACAAGUGCAUCGGCAGGCGGCAGUAUUCCCCGGCGCGUUCCGUGAAGACGCCGGUGGAGGCGCUAUCCUUCAAGGAUCGUCAGCUCUGGAGGAUUACGCGGACCCCGUUUCACAGUGGCGGGUCCCCGGCGACGCUACGGCCGUUUGCGGGCAACGUUCCCGGCUGCUUCUCACCGAGGCAGCUGAGCAGCCCGCCCCUGGCGAGGCCUGUAGAAGCACUAGACCGCCUCGAGACGCGGCAGCCGCCACGACACUUCGACGCCGGGGGACCGGACACGGCUCCCCCCGCAAGACCCGUUGAUAACGCCUGGAGGCUGUCAGCCUCACUCGGCUCCGCGGAAUCCCCGCGGCGGGGAGAAGCGUCGGCCGUCGCUGGUCAGAACCCUCCCCCCGCCGCGGUCAGCAUGGCGCAGCACGUCCGCACGGACUCCUCCCGCAGCAAGAGUUCCCUCGACUGCACCUUGACCCCCCGCCGUGUCAAAAUGCGGCAAAUGCAGAGUAAACGAAGCAGCACCUCCAACUCACGGGCCAGUUCUUGCGGUGCGCGGCGCCCUCUCACCCCGCCGAGUGCAUCGCGGCUUCUUGCGGGCAGGCCAGGUUUCUCGCCGGGGGCUGUUGCCUGCGCAGGGGUGAGCAGCGGCGUCGCAAGACCUUCCUCGUUGGCUGCCACUGUGCCUCCUCCGGAGAGUGGGGACGGCAGCCAGGCUGGGUCGUCAUUCCGGGCCAGCUGCACCGCAACGAACCUCCCGCUAACGCAAGUGAUGCGGGGUCACGCGACCUCAGGCUCGCCAGCGUCCACGCCAGACUGCACAGUCCAUCCAUCCCGCGAGUAUUCGUCCGACCAGGAGAAGACGGAGGGGGCGCUAUCAGGCACUCGGACACCUGAGAACGUGUACUCGGCAGCGACGGUGGGCGUCUCGGGCGGGCUGGAGCACCGCGACCACGAGAAGAUGCUGAAGCGUCCGAAGUCGUUUCUCUCCUCCCCGACCCGGCCGUUGUUGGGUGGGAGUUGCCCAAACUCCGGCAAGGCGGCUCUCGACGGCUUUCUGCGGACGGUGCAAAGCGUGGAUGAGCGCUCCAGCUCGUCAGCAUCGGCCUCAUCCACGGGGACGCCCGAGGUGUCUAGCGGUCGCCAACAACCACUCGAGACAGCCUCCACCCGUGCCGCAACGCGGGAAAAUAAACGCCAAAGCAGCUUUUCCAGCCUUUACUUCUCGAUGACGAAGCGGCACCGAAUGCAGCGACUCAUGCAUAUCGCCAGCCAACCGGCCCACAUGGCGUCGGAGGAGGCUACAAACCGUGAGGUACGGGGCGAGGGUAGUACCGCCGAUGAGUGCCCCAACGCGGACGACGAGGAAACGUCAGAGGCGUUUGGCACAGUUGGGAUUUUGGAAACGGAGGAGCAUGUAUUUAUUCCACGGUAUGAGGUGCUUCCGGAGGGGCAGACGCCGAUGGAGCUGAUGUUAAAUAGUAUUCGAUUAACGGGUGCGUGUGGGCACGGCGACUCCGUUAGCUGUAGGGACAAGGAGGAGGGGCGAGGUAGUCUAGAUGGGCGUGGCGGUGGACAAGACGUACUCGGCGAGCCACAUGAUGGCGACGAUGAGGUCUUCACAUUUGGCGGCAUCUCCCCCGAGUACGCGACAAGCCCCACGGAGGAGGACCCAUUGGUGGACUGCAAGGUGGCUGCCAGGCUCUGCUUCGACGCCGAAAACGGUGUCAUGCUGAUAUCCCCAAAGGAGGAGGUGGGGAAGUAUAUUAGCCAAACCGCCCGCGUGGGCGCCAGCGAUGGGGCGGACGAGGAUGAACAGUCGGGUUGCACGUGCAGUAUGCAGUUUAUCACAAAAGAUAUUCGCGGGGGGGACUACAGCAGAUACCAUGCCCACGCUCUGUACCACCACUGCGUCUACUGCAAUCGACGCCCCGCGGCCUUCCUCUGUCUCCAUUGCCUGCGCUCCACCUGCCCCUCACACGUCACGCAGCACUACAAGGAGUGUGAGGCGGAAUGCACACUGUUCCUCAAUUUGCUCGAUAUCAUGACAAGCUUUGACCGCAUUUUCUGGUGUGAGAAGUGCCGCUGUUUCACGUGGAAGUACACCGAGGCGUAUGACGCGCUGGUGGAUCAGUUGGCCGUCACGCGCGGAACUUACCUGGAGGAGGCGGUCCGCGAUAUAUCGUGUGUCGGCUACGAGGUUUGUCUGAGGCGGCCGCACCACUGCAGGCGGCACUCGAGUUUGCACAUGUCCCCGCCGCGAGAUCCGUUGUGCUGCAGCCUGAACGCCAGUCCCAAGCUGCAGGCGACGACGGUGCUUUCAGUCGCGGUGUCGCCUGUGCAAGUGCCGCUGUCGGUCGCUGUCUCGCCUAUGCACCAGCCGCUGGACGCCGCGCACGAGCGCCCGCUCAGUGCCGUCUCGCUUGCCCGGGGCCUCGAGCGGGCCAGCCCGAUCUUUGCUGUGACUGGUAGCCUUGGCUGCGGUUCGCCCGUGGCACGCCGCCUGCGGCGCGAGUCUGGCAACCCGCUGGUGCAGGACGACGUGCUGCGCGUGGGGGAGGCGGUGUUCAAGCUGGUUGCGCUCGGCGCGAAGGUGCAGGGCUGGCGCACCACCCAAGAAGACGCGGAGGCCGCGUUUGUGAUUGACAUCCCCGCACUCUCCCCCGACUCGCCGUUGCAGGCCUAUGCGGCGGGGGCCGCGGCGCCAGCACGAGACGCCGAGGAGGAGGAGGAGGAGGAGGAGGACGCGGCACCCGAGACAAUCCCAAUGGCGAUAUUUUGCGUCUUCGACGGCCACGGCGGGGACGCCGUGGCGAAGCUUGCCGCCAGCAACUUUGAGUCGCAUCUGCGCAAGGCGGUGGCGUCCGCGCGGCACGACGACGUGCAGGCGCGUUCGCUGCUCUUUCAGCUGGACUUUGAGUCCUCGUCGCCCCUGUUCUCUCCCGGCGAGGGCUCGCCGGUUGCCACGCGGGGGAGCGACUGCAGCCCACAGGCGGGCCACUCGGAGGAGGAGCGUAACACCGGCGUCAGCAAGGACGACGUCGUGCGGGAUGUCACCUUCACGAGCGAGGCACUGCGACGGCACCUCGAGGCGACCAACGCGGGUCGAGUGUCACCGCCGCUUGUGCCGUUGCCGCAGUCUGCCGCGGCCGCGGCAGUGCAGCGGUUGCCUGAUAGUCGGGCGCCUGUGGCCCCCGCACCAGACGUGGGUGGGCUGGGGGGGAGCAGCGCGGAUAAGCUUUCGCCCCUUUCCGGCUUGCGGCUUUGCGGCGCCUGCCCCCCGGUUGUCUCGCGGCAGGAGAUGGAGAUGCUGCGGGCGUACUUUGCCGGCAUCAUGGAGGACGCCCUGCUCUCGCUGGACGACGGCCUGCGGCAGAGCCCGGAGGGGGCGCGCGGGGACUACCAAACCACCGGCUGCACCGCGUGCGUCGUUGGCAUCACCGCGAACUUCAUUCUCUGCGCAAACGUCGGCGACAGCGGGGCGGCCGUGUACACCGACCACACCAUCCGCCGCAUCAGCGUCACGCACCGCAUCACCGACCCGGUGGAGGCGGCCCGCAUCACGGCAGCCGGCUACUCCAUCUCGGGCGAGCGCAUCGAGGGACUCCUGGCCGUCACGCGGGCACUGGGCGACUACGACUUCAAGCAGUGCGGCGGCAAAGGGCCGAAGGAGCAGGCGGUGAUUGCGGUGCCGGAUGUCACCAUCAUGCCGGUGCCGUUCUUGGGGGACAACGCGCGGUUGGGGGUCGUGGCCGCCUGCGACGGUGUGUGGGACACCGCCACGCUGCACCAGGUGCACCACGCGAUCGUCAACACACCCAACGACUUGGAUGUGGCGGGGUCCGCGAUGGACGCCGUCAUACACGCCAGAGAGAUGGCGAUGGCGCUGCCGCACAAGGAGCCCACGGCGCGCGACGGCGCAAACGCCGGAGAGACGGCCUUGCUGGAUGCCCAACUGCUCACCUCCGCCGCAGGCGUCUUUGCGCAGUGCGUGGCCCCCUGCGACAACGACGAGGGGAUCGGCCUGGACAACUGCAGCCUGUUUCUGAUUGAGCGCCGCUGGCGCUGA